UGUGUCCAAUCAGCGCGCUGCUUUCCACUGGUUACUGUGAAUGACAAUCGAGCAAACUCCUGCUCUCACCGCAUGCAGCGCAAAGAAGAAGGCGUAAACACUGACAUAGCUAGGUAGCCACUGAGGUAAUGGAGAUGAGCAGCAACGGCGAAUGCUAUGGAUGUGGCCGCACAGGGCAUUGGAUUAAGAACUGCCCGAAUGCUGGACCUGGACGUGGACGUGGCAGGGGCCGAACACGGGGUAAAGAAAUGUUCUGUUAUCGGUGUGGAGACCAAGGACACAUGGCCCGUGAUUGUGAACAAGUUGAAGAUUCUUGCUACAACUGUCGCAGGAGUGGUCACAUUUCUCGGGACUGCAAGGAGCCCAAGAAGGAACGAGAGCAGGUCUGCUACAGCUGUGGUAAGGCCGGCCACAUGGCUCGGGACUGUGACCAUGCGGAGCAGAAGUGCUACUCCUGCGGUGGUUUUGGUCACAUCCAGAAAAUUUGUAAACAGGUGAAAUGUUACAGAUGUGGAGAGAUCGGCCAUGUCGCCGUGCAUUGCAGUAAAACCAGCGAUACUAACUGCUACAAUUGCGGGAAGGCUGGGCACUUGGCAAAGGACUGCAGCAGCAUUGAAGCCACCGCAUAAUCAGUGCCCUCUGUUGCCCCUCCUUUUUCAGAUUGAUGGUUGGUUGUAUUAUUUUCUCUGAAUCCUCUUCACUGGCCAAAGGUUGGCUAACAGAGGCUAGUCCCAGGCCAGUGAGUCUCUCGACAUGUAAUACAAAGAAAGGGGUGAAAAAAUAUCUUUCUGCAUUCAAUACAAAAUGUUUUAGUUUGGUAGCGGUGUUAUGUAUAAUGCUUUGUUAAAGAAUCCCCCUUUCCAAGCCACUGGUGAUCAGAGAUGAAUAAAUGGGACUAAACAUAUGGGAACCUAUAGGACAUCUGAGCUUAUGGAAGUGAAUCUCAGUCAAAUGAGAUGGAAGGGAGAAAAUGGGAACUUCCAUGUAUGGUUAUUUUGGUUUGUUUUAGUGGGGUAUGAGUUGGCCAAGGGAGUAUGACAUGAAAUAGUUCAUAACAUGCAUUUCAGCCCAACAUGCAGCUAAAUGGGCGAUAACAAACUACAUGUUAUAUUGCUAAGAUAUACAAUUAAGGAGGUAUUAAAAGAAUCAAGUUCUUUUAUAGAAAAAUCUGUUUACAAUUUAACUAUGACUUGGUAAUCCAAGGUAGAUUUUCAUUUAAAAAUGGAUUCAAUUAUCAUUUUUUUUUACCUUGGUAAAUGUAACACGCGGUUGACAGAACAGCAGACUUAGGAGUUAUUUGGGGAUGAAAAAAAAAAGUUUUCACAGAAAUCAAAAAUGUUAUUUUUGUACAAUAUCACUUAGACUACUGUAUAAAUACCAUUUGCUUGUACUCAGUUUUUAAGUCGGAAGGAAAGUGCAACUGAAGUCCUAGAAAAUAGAAAUGUAAUUUUAAACUCAUCAAUAAAGCUGGAGGAGCACGGGGAAGAC